AAAUACAAAAAUCUAAUAAUCAAAUUCUUACACAUUUGCAAAUCGAAAAAUUUCAAAAAAUAUUUACUCAAUAUACUAUUAAAGAAGGUGAUGAUAAGCAAGAAACUGACGAGAAAGCGAUAGAUCUUUUAGAUCAGCAGGAAAAAGAGGCUUUUUUAUUAACUUUCGUACAUUA